AUGACUGUCAACGGUUCUUGCAGCCCCAAGUUCGACCGGAUCCGCGACCUUGUUCAAGAGAGAUUGGACUUGGGUGAAGAGCUCGGUCUAUCACUAUGCGUUAACAUCGACGGGGAGAAUGUCCUUGACAUCUGGGGUGGGCACGCAAAUGAGGAAAAGUCUCGCCCGUGGGAAGAGGACACUCUCACGGUUGUUUGGUCCUCCAGCAAAGUCAUUACCUCGCUAGCAGCCCUCAAGCUUAUUGAUAGCGGACUAUUGGAUCCCGAGGAGAGUGUAUCAAAGUAUUGGCCUGAGUUCGGGGCAAAUGGCAAGGAGGAUGUGAAAGUGUGGCACUUCCUCACACACUCCUCUGGCCUCCCUUCAUGGACAGAGCCCAUAACAAUCGAUCUUCUAUAUGAUACGCCAGCCUCAACGGAAAUGCUUGCACGACAGGCUCCCUGGUUCACUCCCGGAUCUGCGACAGGUUAUCAAAUGCUGAACCAUGGACAUCUGAUCGGCGAGCUUGUUCGACGAGUGAGCGGCAAGCCACUCAAGCAGUUCAUUGCCGAGGAUAUUGCGGGCCCGUUAGACGCGGACUUCAGCUUGGGUGUGGCCGAGGAGAAGUGGGCGAGAACUGCAGACGUCGUACCUCCUCCUCCUUUCGAUGUCCCCGAGGGAAUAGAUAUGGACAGCAUCAUGAUCAAGACUUUCUUGAACCCCGCUCCUGACGCCAAGGCAUCCAUGACCCCCGAAUUCAGGGCAGCUGAGAUUGGCGCCACCAAUGGAUUCGCAAAUGCACGCUCUCUGGCUCGUAUUGCGUCUAUUGUCUCCUUAGGCGGAACCGUCGACGGGAAGCAGCAUUUGUCGCCCCAAACAAUUGAGCAGAUUUUCCAAGAGCGGAUCAGCAGUGUUGAUCUGGUACUUGGCCUGAAAAUCCGAAUGGGCCUUGGUUUCGGAAUUCCCGUGCCGGAGACUAUCAGUUACAUCCCGGAGGGAAACAUUGUCUUUUGGUGUGGAUGGGGAGGGUCUAUGGUCAUCAUGGACUUGGAUCAUCGAAUGACCAUCACUUAUGCCAUGAACAAGAUGGGACCGGGUCUUGUUGGUAAUGCGAACAGCGAGAUUUACAUAAAGGCGAUCUACGAGAUCAUGGCACAGGAGUGA